ACUGACGAAUGAAUUAGCUUUUGUUAAACUUCUGAAAUUGAACAACAGCUUUAUUAUUGGAAAUGGAUUGGUACGUGGGCACUGAAUGGGAGGACAAGAGCCGCGGCCUGGCCAAGAAGGUCCUUAGCCUCCAGUUCCGGGACAUGGAAAAGCCAACAACUGCCAGCACAGUGCAGUUCAGCGUUAACAAGAAAUGCGCCAAUCUGGGAAAUCGUGCCAGCAGCUAUUUAACCAGCGAUGAAUCCUCAACCUACCCAGCACAGCACUCCCUGGAAAUGGGCACGUCCUUGACACCAGUGGACUGCUAUUUGGAGAUUCUACUGCAACAGUUCCUGCCUGGAGAAACAGCCGCCUGCAGUAUUGCCACAAAAGCCGGUGAACGGAUCGAGUUUGAGCUGAAGCUGGACAGGAUCGUGAAGAACACACAGGUGGACAAGCUGAAUGCCGCCGAGACCUAUGAUUUGGCCUUACGCCUCAAGGAAAGUGGAGUGUUCACGUUUAAAGCUUAUCCAAAGUUUGCAUUUGAUUACUUUAUAAGGGCUGCCAAGUUGCUCAUCACGUACAAGCCGUUCGACAAGCUUACCAAGAAAUCGAACGGCAUAAACGGGAGCACAGUCGAGGAGCUAUUCGUCCAGAUCCACACUAACCUGGCGGCUUGCUAUCUGCAGGAGAAACGCUACGAGGACGUCAUCUACGCCACGCAGUUCGUGGAGACCGCCGAGAGUCCAACUGAAAAGAGCAUUUACAGACGUGCCAUGGCCUACUAUCAUCUCAAGGAGUUUGCGAAGGCACAGGCCACCAUCGAGCGGGUCCCUGGCUACGAGGACAAGCGGGAGUUUAGCAAACUGCGCGACAACAUCGCCUCGAGCUGGAAGGACAGCAAUGCCCACUAUAAGGAGGUAGUACAACGCAUGUUCAGCUAAGUCUUAUUAAGAUUGUCGCAAAGUGUUUAUAAAAUAGUUAAUAUAUUUAAAACUCUA